CGGCUGAAGUCCCAGAGCCUUACGAUUCCGUCCCGGUUGAAGGAGAAGAUCUGGAGUAUGAGGUCGAACUGCCUACAGCUCUUAAAAUGGCUCAAGACCCCGAAGGUGAAACCAUGGCAGAGGGAGGCCCGGAGCUGCCUGUAGAGAUUGACCAGGAACCCCAGCCAGAGAUGGAGGAAAAAGAGCUCGAGGUGGGGGCGCCGGAGAAUAUACACCGACACGCAAAACCGACCAGCACGUCCAAGGAGGAGAUUCCCAAGGAGUCCGAGAGAGACCUUCCUAGCGAGACUGAGCCAGGGAUGCCGCAGGAGGCAAAGUCAGAGACAUGGAGAGAGAUGGGAGGAGAGCUUUUCAAGGAUUCCGAGGUCCUUAUGGAUGAUAAAGAGGAGCCAGAUUUAGAGCCACCGGAGGAGGCCAAAUUAGAUGUUACAGAGGACGGACUCACAGAGUCAGAUAAGGAAACAGACCUGGAGCUUCCAGAGGAGACAGAGUCUGAAGUUUCAGGGGCCUCAUUCAGUGAGUCAAGAUUAGAGUUGCUACAAAAGAACAUACUGGAGGUUCUGGAGGAUUCAUUUAAAAAGCAAUAUGCAGGAAUAGGUCCAGAACCUCCGGAGCAGACCAAACCUGAAUUUCCAAGUGAGAAACCAAGAAAAUCAGUUGAAGAGGCAGAUCUACAGCCGCCAAGGAUGACCAUUCCAGAGGAAGCACAAAGAAAGUCACCUGAGGAGAAAGGGACAGAGCCACCUGAACAGACUAAACCAGAGUUUCCAAGGGGGAAACGAAGUAAGGCUACUGAGGAGGCAGGUGUAGAGCCACCAGAAGAGACUAAACCAGAGAAUCCAGAGGACCACCAAAGAAAAUCAACUGAGGUGAAAGUUCCAGAGCCACUCGGAGAGACCACAUCAGAAUUUCCUGAGGAAAAAUCAAGAAAAUCAAUUGAGGAAACAGGUUUAGAGCCAUCAGGAAAGACCAAACCAGAAGUUGAAGAGAAGACACUGAAAGAGUCAACUGUGAAGAAAGUUUUAGAACCACUAGAGGACACUCAACCAUCAGAUCAAAAAGAUAAGCAGAGAAAAUCAGCUGAGGAGACAGGACUGGCACCACCACAGAAGUCCCAAUCAGAGGAGACAAUAAGAAAGUUAACAGAGGAGAAUGAUCUAGAGCCAAAGUUUCCAAAGAAAGAAACAAGAAAAUCAACUGAGGAAACAGGUCAAAGGCCACCACAGAAGACCAAAGCAGAGGUUCAAGAGAAGACACAAACAGAAGAAACUAAAGAGAAAGAUCUAGAAUUACCAGAUAAAGCCCAACUGCCACUAAGAAUAGUGUCACAUACAGAAUUUUUCAAGGAAGAUAGGCCAAAACCAGUCAAAUUUAAAUAUUCCCCAGACAAGGAUAAGCUAGAACACUCUGACUAUGAAACAAGAAAGUGGUCAGUAAAAAAAUCCAAGGCUAAAAGAGAGUCCACGUUUGAGUCUCUGAGAGUAAGUAAAGUAGACUCGGUGAGGGUAAGUAAUGAGUUUUCUAAAGAUUUUAAAGGACUGUUGGAAGUUCCUGAUGAUUUACACUCUUACCUCGCAGACUCUCAGAGGGAUUUGAGAUUGUCUUUUAGUGAAAAAGUUGUAAAAUUGUCCCCAGAGAUGAAACAGGGACACAAAGAUGAAGAAACCCAGCCAAAAGAAAGUACUGAACUACAAUUUGAAUAUCUUAAAUGGAGCCCAGAGAAAGUUGCAGAGUGGAUUAGUGAGCUAGGCUUCCCUCAGUACAAGGAGUGUUUUACCACAAACUUCAUCUGUGGUCGAAAGCUCAUUCACGUAAACUGCUCAAACCUCCCUCAGAUGGGGAUAACAGACUUUGAGGACAUGAAGGCAAUUUCUCGACAUACACGGGUGCUCCUCGGAAUUGAAGAGCCAUUGUUCAGUCGCACCAUCACCCUGCCCUACAGGGACAAUAUCGGCUUAUUUUUAGAGCGAAAAGGUCACACUGGGGUAAAAUCUGAUUCCUUGACCUUCUCUGAAUUUGUGCAAGCAGAAGGAUUACAGGAUUAUGCUCCAAAAAUAACCACCCCCGAAGAGAAGGAAGCAUAGCAUGACACUGAACUGUAGGGGAAAGCUGUUUCACUUACCUUGGAAGAUCAAACUGAACUACUUGCGGGGGAAGAGUGUGUUCUUUUGGGUUCUCUUCUCUUCUUUAAGGAUUAAAGUUAGAACUUCUGGUUCCACUUCCAGUUCUAUCACCAACUCUCAGCACUUUCUUUUUAUUUAUGUUUCAAGUUAGACCCAUGUUUAAACAAAGGUAGCAAUAUUUCUCUUUCUGGAUAAUUCUUGAGAAAUUCUAGUAAUGCAUCUGGUCGUAGGAACAUGUUAGAGAAAUGGAAUUAAAAGUAAAAUCUCCUGCCAACCCGAAUAAGGUUCUCUGCAAAUGCAGAAAAAGAAACAGUUGUAUUAUUGAAUCAGCACUAAAUCAGCAGUGUUGGGCAUCACAGGCAAGUUGCUAAAGAUUAUGAAGUCAAGGAAAUGCCACCCUUUUAGGUAGC